AUGACUGCUCCGAAGAUAAACUUCCCGGCGGAAAAUUCGCCUCAACGGGCGAAAUCAUCGGGCUCGUUAAACAUCAGGGCCAAAGUUGUACCAUUAAAGCCGGGGAGGAGCUUAAUGGACUGGAUCAGGCUUGGGAAAAGUGGACAAGACUUAGCUGGAACCGGCGGACGUGUGCAAGUUGUUACCGAGGAGGAAUUGGGCAAACAUAAUAAAGAGCAAGAUGCGUGGAUCAGUAUCAGAGGUAAAAGGUUUGGUUAUUUACCUUUUUUCUACCCCAUAGCUUUUUAAAAUUCUUCCAGACAUGUAAAUAGCUUUGAGAGAGGUAACAACCUCAACAAUCUCACAUCAAGAAGGUGAAUUCGAAAUAUUUUUCUUCGUGUUUAAAUAUGAGUAAUUGUUUAUUUCUGUUUAUUUUCACCAAAGAAAUCGCGAUUGUGUGGCCACUAAAGGUUUUUUAAGUUCGGUCUGUGUCACAAUCCGGAUAUGUAGAUCUUGUCUCAAACAAAGUCGAUUCUAGAUAAUGGGUUACCGACGACUGUAGUUCAACAAUCGAGUGGUAUAAUGUGACAUGUCAUUUACAUGAAAAAAUACUGUCUUCCUUAAGGUUAUUGACAGUAUGUAAUGUCUUCUUUUGUUGUGAUUUCAAAGGCAGUUAUUCACUCAGCUAUUAAGAAUAAUCUGUAGAUUUGUUGUUUAUCUUUUCCAUGUAAAACCCAUUUCGUGAUCACUGAAAUCAUAUUUUCAUUAUUUUAAGCAUUUCCUUCAUUAAAAAACAUGAUAAGAAGACAUCUUAAUGGAUUUUGAAAUUUUAAGAAGGCAGCAAAUGACACUGCAUUUAAAAUACCAAUCAGUGUCUUAAAAUAUAUUCUGGUUUUAUGAACUGAGUUACUAAUGAAAACUGGCCACUGUAGGGAGUUUCAAAAGCUGACAUUUGAAGCAUUAGCCGUUCUUCAGUGAGAGACAAUCUUUUGCUCUGACAAAGGGCUUCCAAAACAUGACAUGUCAGCUUUAGAAACUCUAUGGUGGCCAAUUUACAUCAUUAACUCAGUUCAUAAAACCAAAUUAUCUUAAAAUACCCCCUACCAAUGAAGCAUCUCAGUUUCUUUGAAACUAGCCCUUUUAUUCAGUGCUAUUGAUCCGUAAAUCUUUUCUUGAUCCUUUGUGUCUAAAAUAAUGAUGAUGAUCUAGCAGUCGACAAUCCACUCAGUGGCUCUUCUUGUCCACUGUUUCUGAGUCAAUGUGGAAUUUUGAAUGUUGUCUAGAGAUGUGUUAGACAGUAACAGAGGGCAAUAACAGCUGUGUUAUAACUGUAAAAUACAUUUUUAUGAAAUUCCUUUAAUCAUGCAUCAAGUGACUCCUUUGUGUAAUUCAUGCUCUCCAACUUCUUGUAUGCUUUAUAUCUCAAUGAAUGUACCUUGCCACAUGAUUCAACUGUAUAGUAGUGUCUUGCUAGAGACUUCGACGCAAGAUACUACAUUUUACAAUUCACACAGACAAGCUUCUUGUAAUUGGUACUAAUAGUCAGUUAAAUGUUUCAGUCGAUAACAUGAUUUAUCAUGAUGAGGAAGAUGUUCAAUUUCUCAUCCUGUAUGAAUCUAAUAAUGGCCUUACUCAUCUUAGCACCUCACCCAUGAAGCCUCUCAAGGCAGAAUCAGGAGAUCUGAGGCUUGAUUUCAUAUAAGAACUCAAAAUCUUUCUUUGCCCUACCCUUAUGACCAGUAAAAAAAUAUAUAUCUUUCUAUUUUUUUUGAUCUAUGACUUACAAACUUUGAAUGUUUUAUUUUUUUUUACAUAAUACAGGUAGAGUGUAUAAUAUGACUCCUUAUUUAGAAUACCAUCCAGGAGGAAUUCCAGAGAUCAUGAGAGGGGUUGGAAGAGAUGCAACUGACUUAUUUGAUGAGGUGAAUACCCUUUACUCCCCCCCCCCCCAACAUCCCGAAUGUCCUCUGUUCCUAAAUGGAAUGAGCAGAACAGUAUGCACACCAUAAUGUGUGAAGCUUGUUAUUUGUUUGACCCCUAAGAUUGACUUGUAUCUACAUUAGAAUUUCACCUUUUAAUAUUAUCCCUGAAUCUCACACUAAGUUCAUGAGAAUAAAGAAAAUGAUCACCAACUAAAAAUCUCUUGAUUGUUAAAACAAAUUCUCCGUGUCAACAGGGUAAGAGAUUUGUAGUGAACAUUAUGGAGAACAUACAUACUGAAUCAGUGAUGUUAGGGUGUAGAGGGUUAAUGGUGAACAGAGAGUUCACAUACCACAAAAGAUCCUUAUUGGGGCAGAUUUUAUACUCGUGGGUUAAAUUUAACUGAUUGGAGCUGUUACUACCUUUACUUAUAAGUGCUGCUAUUUACUCAACAAGCAAAAAUGUUUGCUAAGUAUCAAUUUUAUCCUCUCCUCAUCAUGUGUUUAAGUUAUUCAUCUUUCCUCUUUUCAGACACAUAAAUGGGUGAAUGCUGAAUCCAUGUUAGAAAAAUGUUUCAUAGGCCCUUUAAUGAGAAGCAAUGUGGUUAAAAAGACAAAACCUUCCAGAACAGGUACAUAUCACAUGUCAAAGCUGAGAGUUGUAGACUUCCUUGAUAGUACAGUCUGGUACAGCAACAUGAGCUGGGAGCAAAAGCAUGGCAAUAUCAAAUUCUCCAAGCUAUUACAAACAUUGUAAACAUUAUGGAGAAUUAUUGAUAAGAUCUCGGGAUUGAAGGGUUGAAAAAGCUUAUGACACCAUUGCCUACAGUAUAUUUUACUCAAUCAUGGAUUACUUGUUUGGUCAAGCUGCAGAGACCUAUUAUAUUUUAAAGAAAGAAUUACAGCUCUUCAGGAAAUUACGUACGCCUUCCGUAUUCAAUAAUACAAUUUUAAUAAAUGUCUAAUUUCUACUUUGUUGCUUCAUAAGGAUCAGGAAACUCCCUCAAUGUCUCGUCAGGAUCACUGCGGUCUCACAAUAGUUUGUUUGUUCCAAGUGCUCAAGGUAGGCUUCUCAUAAAAUAUUUUUUACUUAGAUUCUAUUCCUGGUCAUGUCACUGUUAUUCAAAAUACUCUCAGCUGAUUCCCAGUAACCAAGGAAAUCAUUUUGAAACAAGGAAGAAAUCAGAGAAUGGAAAAAACACAGGUCUGAAUAAAUCCUGUUGAAAUCAAAAUCGGCUCAAGUUCACCUGAGAUUUAAGUUGUCAAUAAUGCUAUUUUGUCUAACAGGGAUGUAACUAUAAUCAUAGAGUCCCUCUUGUUCUUCCUCACCUGUAGUAGGGAGUAUAUAUAUUUAUUAAGUGUGACUGACGCCGUGCAAGCCAACCACUAGUUCGAUUGUUACCUGUCCAUGUAUCUUUGAGAGCAAAACAAUUCCAGAUCUACUCUCUUUUUUAAUGACUGGUUUAUUUCAAAUUGAUAUUUUUUUUUUUAGUUGAUGGUUUCACUGUUCCUGUUCCCCCACAGAAGUCACAAGAUCCUCGGUAAGACUCAAAGUAAUAUAAUGUGCCUGAGCUAAGUUUUCUUUUGACUUGAGGGCAAGAAACUUUAUCCUAAGAACACUGCAAUUUUGUAGAGAAUCAGAUCAUAAGCAAAGAUUUCCAGAAAUGUUGCAAAAAUUUAGGUAGAUGUGUCAGUCCUUUUCAAAUAUAUGCAAAAACCUGCCACUCAAGGCUGUGAUAGCUUGAAUUUUCUGCUAACCUUGAGAUAGUAGUGGUCAAUAGGAGUUGACAUGACAUUGCAGUUUUCACACUGUGCGUAACUUGUUUUCUCCUUUUUUUUGUUUGUUGCAGCUAUGAUUGGUAUCAAAAUGAUAAAAUAGUGACAAUAUCAGUUUUUACAAGAAAAAAGGUUUGUUUUGAUACAUUGUUAAAUUUGUCAUGAAACAAAUGUAAUAACUAAUUUUUAAUUUAUUUUUAUUUGGUAAGAUACUUGAUAAUUGCAAUGAAAUGAAUAAUUGUUUGAGGUGAAGCUUACAAGUUUUCAAGUGUUACAUGUACACCCGUUUUAAGCAUGGCAGAGGGGCUUUCUUCCUAAAUACACAUUUAAAACUACUCUGCAUCAGAUAAACUUUUGGAUUCCUAAAUCCUUAUAAUUACAGUUUAUGUUUACCCAACUUAAACAAUAUACAUGUGUCUCAUAGGAAGUCCAAGUUGAAGACAUCAUUUUAGAGCUGAAAGAUGGAAAAGAGUUUGAUGCAGUAUUCAUUUUAGGAGAAAAAAGUUUUCGAAUUCACUUAGGUUAGUUUAUUGUUCAUUGUGGACUGUAUAAUUACCGCGUGAAUUCUAAACCUUGUUAACCUUUCCCAUAAAGCUUACUUGCCCCAUCAUAAACCAAAUAUGUUUAUGAACCCCUCAGAUUUAGUUACCUUAGGUCCGUUUCAUUAAGGGAAAAAUAAUUGACAUGUAUCUUAUCUCUUCCCGCAGCACUCAGCAAUCUUAUAUCCCAUCAACAAGGUAUGCAGUUUAUCACAAAGUUUUGUUAAAUUUUUAAUGUACUGUGUAUUAUAUCUUAAUAUAGCAUUAGGUUAAAUUACUAAAUGUGGAUAAAGAGGUUAGUUUCCUUAGAAACUGUGGUGGUACAUCUGUGGGGGGUUUUGCUAAAUAAUUUGGUUUUAUCAGCUUAGGUGAUUAUUUAAGUAGGCCACUGUAAAGAGAUUUGAGAUUAGAAGUGAUGAAGAGCUAAUGCAUGAAACAUCAGUUUUAAAAUCUCCGUACAAUGACCAAUUCACGUUAUCAAGUAAGUUGAUGAAACCAAGUUAUCUAGUACAAAUGUGGAGUAAUUUAGUAUUAUCAACUGAGUUGAUAACACAAAUUGGCCACUGUAAAGAGUUUAAAAGCUGACGUUUCGAGCGUUAGCCUUUCAUUGGACGCUCUGACGAAGGGCUAACGCUCGAAACGUCAGCUUUUAAACUCUUUACGGUGGCCAAUUUACGUUAUCAACUCUGUCGAUAGUAAUAAAUUAACUUGAUAUACUCUCCCACCGACGCAGCAUCACAGUUUCUUUAGAAACUAAACCCCUUUAAUUAAUGCAAAUGUAAAUGUGGAGUCUAAAUGUCACAGUAACAAAUUGGAUUAUAACUUUGUAAGUUGUAUAUACCAUCCUGAGAAAACUUUUAACAACCAUACAUAAACAUAAAUACCACAAUGACUGUAUUUUUUAGACAAUUUAAAAACCUGGUGAUACGGAAGGUUUACUGACUGAUUUCCCUUCAAACUGUUUCAUUAUUUGACAGUACGUAUGUCUGGGGAAAGUGGCAAAGUUGAUAUUCUUUUGACCAAAGAAGCGGCUGGCGUGCAAUGGACAGAGUUAGGGCAAGGUUUACAGGGAAAUAACUCUUUCAAGCCGCACAAGGAGAGAGGUAUCAAAACAGUGAAAACGCACACAUUUAUUUAUUGUACGCCCGAAUCACAGAAAAUAUGCCACGGUAUUACACUGUAGGAGAGUGAAAAGGUAUGGAUGGAAAGCUGGAACUAAAAAAUGGCCACGCUGACGGAUUAAAUGUUUUUUUUUCCUAUUUAAAGGCAUGAAUUUUUUAGCAACGGAUUUUUUUUGUCGGCCGUAAAGCAAAGUUUAAAUGAAAUUGCUGGUAUUUUUCCUCGCCCUAUGGGGCUAAUUAUGUUGAACCAUAGACCAUUUUUUUUCUACAUUUAUAUUAAUCAAAAGUAUUCCAUUAAAAUCCAGAUUUUUUAUGUCUCAAGCUUCUGUUUCCACUUUUAGAUUCCAGGUUAUGGGACUGCCGAGUAAUCUCAGUGGAUUCAGUAACACAUAACUGUAAACUGUUUUGCUGUGAGCUUCCUAAAGGCGUCAUUAUGAGAAUACCAAUUGGACAUCACAUACACAUGACCAGAGAUGUUGAAGGUUUGUUUUGGAACUAUAAAUAAUAAUUAGGCUUACUGUAGCUCAACGUUAAUCAUGUUCUCCUCGAGAGAGAAAACAGUUAAAGUUUGGUUAACACUAACGUUAUGCUCGAGCCGUAUGUUACUACCUCGAGACAAGUAUUUCCCCGUCUGACCCGCCGACUGAAUCAAUAAGUACUUACAUGUAUAUUUACUCCAAUAUCUAUCCAAAGCAUGGAACAUCAUGCUAUUGGUACAAAUCAUUUCUAUCACGGGAAUGUCUCUCCUUAAACAACCCUUUCAGGUCACUGGGUAGUUUGGCAUUAUCAACUGAGUUGAUAUCGAAAAUUGGCCACCGUAAAGAGUUUCAAAGCUGACGUUUCGAGCGUUAGCCCUUAGUCUAACAAUAACACCAAACUCCCCUGUUAUAUUCUCCGACGCAGUGCCACAGUUUCUUUAGAAACUUACCCCCUCCUUUCAGGUCACUGUAGGGUUUAAUCUCACCCUGCCUUUGGUUCUUUUAAUCCGAAAGUUUUCAUUUGGACAUUCUUGGAUAAAUUCUCUCUUCCAAACCUGCAAACCUCUCCUAUGCUUCAUUUUAAUUUCUGACGCCACAGGAAUGCAGAUCAGUCGUCCAUACACAGUUGUCUUACCCUCUCUACAAGUCGAUCCAUCAGAGCGAGAAUUUGAUGGCAGACGGUUCUACCUCAUGAUUAAACUUUAUCCUGAAGGAACGCUUACACCAACUUUAAAUCCUGUCGUCGCUGGUGAGUUUCAUAAUUUCCAACACUCCCCGUCAGUGCUGGGUGGUUUGUUACCUCCAUGGGUUUUUAAAUCUAAAACGAUGUCUUUAAAACUAUGGCUGACCGUUAAGGAAUUUUCCCUGUUGAAGAAAAUCUGUAUUAAUGAUGAAAAACUGGUAUAUCUGUAUGGUUCCAUUAUUUCCAAGUUUUUCCUGUCACACCUUGCAGUGAGGGGCGCCAACCAAUGUUAAAGUAUUUUUUAUUUGAUCUUUAUUCAUCAGCAGUCAUUGCAAGAAAUGUUCUUGCAGGAAGUUCAGUCUUCUAAAAUUUUUUUAUCGACAGCAAAUUUUCCCAAAUUUGUUUACAAUCUUCACAAUUUUGUUUCUUAGGUGACACCCUCCACGUCACUGAUUACUCUGGAGAUUUUAAAGAUAGUCGUCUGAACGAAGCAAAGGAAAUUUUUCUUAUUGCGGCUGGAACAGGUUUGUCAAUGCCACCUCGUCAAUGCUGAUAGAUCUACAGUCAGCUAGACAGUAGAUCACUCAGUCAGCUAGUCAGCAAGCCAGUCAGUCAUUCAGUCGGUCUUUUAGCCAGUCAGUUAGUCAGCCAUUCAGUCGGUCGGUCUUUCAGUCGGUCCGUCAGCCAGCCAGUCAGUCGGUCAACUAUUCAAUCAGUCUGUCACUCACUCACUCAGUUAUUUGUUAGACAGUGAUAUUUCAAUUAUUCAAUUACUUUUUUCCACAAUAAUGCAAGUCUUGUCUUUGUAAACCUGGUAUCAGCAUUAAAAAGUAAUAAAAGUCGAAUUUUUAUUUUUGCGCAGGCUUCACACCAAUGAUCCGACUAAUUCGACGAACAGUGUUGGAGAAUUCAUCUGCUGAAAAGUAGGGAACUUGCACUGUUCUUUGCUUCUCUAUUUUUUAUAUUAUACUUUUGAAGGAGUUAAGAGUGUUUAAGUUUGAUGAUGUUAAUACUCCUGACAACCUGCGUGAACAAUAACAUCCUUUUAUACAUGUAAAUUAUGGAGUUACGCCCGGUUCUGCAUCUUGUGGCGUUAUUUGUAAAUUGAGGAAAUUGUUCAGAGCUAGAAGGAAGCUUUUCAAAUGCUCUACUUGGUUACUCGAAAAGUGAAAAUAGCCUAGAACAAGCACUAGGCUGGUGAAGCAUUGAAAAGAGACUUGUAGACUCAAAGUGCUAAUAUAUCAAGAUGCAUUAACAAUGGUGAAAAGCUCCUUUGGUGUCUGAGAUAAGAGCGAAUUAUGGAGAACUCCUUCAUGCUAAAAAGAAAGGUUCUGACCUUCAUGUGCUUUUCUUCCACAGAGCUGUCAAACUCUUGUUCGCAAAUCGUCAGGAAAAAGACAUCUUAUGGAAGCAGCAGAUAGACGAACUAGCAGAUAAUGCCAGCCCCAGGUGAGAGGUUUUUUGUCGUGCAAGUAAACAAAGAUAAUGCAUUGUAUGAGCUUAACCUCGUAAACACAUGAUAUCAUAUUACAGAUAACGUUUCCCUGUGGCACGCGGUUAGUGCGGGCACACAGAACAAUCCUCUACAAUUUUCCUUCCUUUUUGAGUAGUAAGCCACAUGUAACUCAUCUGUGCGUUAGUUCCAGUCAUUGUGAAAAGUUUCUCACUCCAAUUUCUCUCACUCUCACUCUUUGUUGGAUUAUGUUCUGUGAAAACUGAUUCAUACUGGUAUGCACCCUUAAUUUGCAUAAUGAGAAGGAAUCAAAUUCCCCAAUGAUUUCACGUGAUCUGUAGCGGACACAGAAUUGUUAGCCUGUGGUAAGAUAUGGUCUGAUGGAGGACAUAGUUGCAGCGAUGAGAUGAAUCGAUAGGUUUGUAUCCACUAACGUGAGGGCAAUUUUAUGUGCCAAUCUAUGAAUGUUCAGUGUUUUUUCAUUGGCUUCGGCACAUAAGAUAUCUGUAUAAAUAUUAUUAAUUGUCAAACCUAACUGAUGUUUGCCACUUCUUGCAGAUUUCAAGUGUUUUACACUGUAACCCAGUCCACCCCCGAGUGGGAAGGUUACGAGGGUCGUGUUUGCAUGGAGAUGUUGUUAGAGAUCUUACCCCCUCCCCCCAGUGCAGGCACUGAACGGGAGCUAUUUAUAGGGGUAUGUGGCCCAGACGCUUUCACACAUCAUAUUGUCAGGUGAGCUGUUUAUAAACGUCAGGAGAAUGUAAUUUUUUUCUGCUCUUGUAGAAAUCUCGAGGCCUCCAAAAGAAAGUCGGUCUCGGUAAAAAUUGGAUUGAAGGAAGAUCCUUGUUUUGUGCUGACUUUCCUAAAGGAGUGAAACACUCUCGUCCCUUUGUGAAACAUUUUUCUCUAUUUUUAUUGUGCUUAACAAAUGAUAUUUGAGGGGCAAUUUUAUUAGAAGAGUGUUUUUCAAGUAAUUUUCUGUUUGUUUUGGCUCUUCACUCUCGUCUUGUUGUUUCACAUAAUUAGAAAUUAAUAGCAAUGUUUUAAUAGUUAUUAUUAGUUUGGCAGUAGUCGAUAACUCAGGGUAUACAUAUAAUAGAACAAGUUUUUUAGUCGAUAAAAAUUACUAAAGGAUCUCAGCUUUUGGCAAACCGCACUGCUUCACAAGGAGGUCUAAAUGAUUGUUUAUUUACUUCGUUAAAUGCUGCAGUCUGUUGCAAAACUGUGAGACGGUUUUACGUUUUCACUAGUCUGUUAAGUUUGUUUCCAUCUUCGCACCAAGCAGUUUAACUUUUUUAACUUACUGAUUAAGUUGUUGUUGUUGUUGUUUGUUUGUUUGUUUUUAUUUUAGCAUGUUGAAAGAUCUCAGUUACACUGGAAAGAUGAUUCACGCAUUCCUGGCAUAAUAUUAUACUUUGUAUACGUGGACACAGAAUUUAAUUCGUUUACACCGUGCAAUACGUCACAGAUCUAAUCCGUUCGCUAUUCAAGUCUAAUUGAAUGUAAUACUCAUUGAGGUUUGGAUUACUCUGACGUGAAAAUGCUCCGCUACUACUGUUCCACGUUGUAUACUUAUUAGAUUGCCAAAUAUAAUUGACACUGAUUAUCUACGAGCUCUCAUAAUGUUUUCUCUUGCGAAGAGUUACCGGAAACGUUUGAGUCAGUGGGAAUCAUCGAGCCCUAAUUGCAUGAAUUUGGGACAAACAAAUUCACUCAACAAUGGCCCGGUGCAGGAGCCAACGGCAAGCGAAAAAGCUGCAAUCCCGUCGUCCCUUGUGGGCGUUGCGUGCUACUUUCUCAUCCUAAUUUCUCUCCGCGCUUCUAGAGCGGGGAAGUGAGUUACGCAAUGACAAGGUGACCCCAGCUGUGAGCCGAACAUUACGCGCUUUGCAAUCGCUG